CUUUCCGCGGGCAGGAAGGACCUAACUCAGCACACUCUUCUGCAAGUGUGCUGAAGACUAUGCAAAGGUUUUACUUAGAACUAAAUUAAAUUUACUUCAUCUCUACCCAACAUCGUUUUAGACGUAGGUCAAAGUUUUAUUUAUACCCCGAAGGGUCUGGAAUACAUGGACGCUAACGUUAGCUCGCUAGUUAAGAGGCAUUUCAUUGAAAAUCGUCCGUAUUUCCCCCGAAAGAAACAAAAUGUCCGCGGAGCACAGAGCAAGCUGGAUACUGACAGGAACCGUGGUCGCUUGUGUCGCCGCUCUGUAUGUGCCCUGUGUGCAGAGGACGGUCCCCGGUGGAGACUCAGGAGAGCUGAUCACCACUGCUUGUGAGCUGGGGGUGGCCCAUCCUCCAGGAUACCCACUCUUCACUCUACUGGCUCACAUGGCUAUGCGUCUGCUGCCCUCACUCUCUCCAGCCCACAGUGUUAACCUGAUGAGUAGCCUCCUAGGGGCUGCAGCUUGUGGUGGCUUCUGCAUUACUGUCUGCAGGUUGGCAGGUCCUGGUCCUGGAGCAGUGCUGGCUGGUGGGCUGUUCGCUGUGUCCAGACUCAGCUGGCAGUGGUCCAUGGUGGCAGAGGUCUUCACCCUCAAUAACCUUUUUAUUGGCCUUCUCUUCUUCUUGACCGCCAGCUUCCACUGUGCUGAAAAUGCCACGCAGAGGAAGAAGAUUGCACACUGGGGGGCAUUAUGCUGUGGCUUGGGGCUCUGUAACCAGCACACACUGGUGCUGUAUGUGUUGGUCAUCAUUCCUUGGGUCCUUUACCGACUGUACUCUCAAAAGGAGCUGUCUUUGCGUUGCCUUGUAUCUCUGGGAUUCUGUUUCCUCGCUGGCUUCCUGCCGUACAUCUACCUGCCGAUUUCAUCCUACCUCAACACAGCCCGCUGGAGCUGGGGUGACCAGACCACCCUGUCGGGUCUGUUGACCCACCUGCUGCGAGCUGAAUAUGGCACAUUCUGUCUGGCAAAGACAGAAAGCUCGGUUAACCUGACCACAAUGCUGCAGGCUCAGUUGGACCAUUCCCUGGCAGAACUUUCACUUCCUGUCUUGGUACUGGCAGGAAUGGGCUUUGCGCUCUCCUCAUUGGACAGGAGGUGUCGCUCAGUGUCCUGGCUGUUAACUGUCAUGCUGGUGGUCUACUCGCUGUUUUUUGCAUGGAGAGCCAACCUGGACAUUAGCAGACCCUUACUGCUCGGAGUGGUUGAGCGUUUCUGGCUCCAGAGCGAUGCUGCAGUGUGUGCGCUGGCAGGCCUCGGCUUGAGCUGGACUCUAGCUGGGCUGGAGAGGAGGCUGGGCUAUGGGGGGUUGUGGAAGACCACAGGCUGGGUCUUCACUGCAGCUCUGCUGGCACAUAUGGUGCACACCAAUCACAGGGAGUGUGAUCAGAGUGGGAACACUGUGGUGGAGAGGUUCGGCAGGGAGCUUCUGGCCUCCUUCCCCAAAGACUCGAUCAUCCUGACCAGAGGAGAUCUGCCUGGAAAUUCUCUGCGAUACCUGCACUACUGCCAGGGCGUACGGCCUGAUGUACGCCUAGUUGAUCAGGAGAUGAUGACAUAUGCUUGGUAUGUGGCCAAGCUGGCACAGCACCACCCUGGGAUCCACUUUCCCGGCCGCUGGUGGGACCCGGUCAACCUCGAGGAGAAAGGCACCUUCAGUCUUGAUCAAUUUCUGUCCCGCAAUACGCAGAGGGAUGUGUUUGCCUGCAUCGGGCUUCCUGAUGGAGACCUGAGCUGGGAACGCAGUUAUUCCCGCUGGCCCCUGGGUGUGUGUGACUACUUAGUGCCCGUUCAGAAGCAGUUUCACCCUGAAGAGUGGGCUCAUCGUACACGCAAUAUCUACAACUGGAGUGAUCCACACAACAGUUUCCAUCCUGCAUCCUGGGAGCGUGUUGCUAAUGAAGAGAUGUGGCAAGCCAGGAUGAAGACGGCUUUCUUUUUGUUUGACCUGGCUGAAAGGAUGCAGGGAGAGGGGAAAGCUCGCCUCUUUGAGCUGUCUUACACUCUAUAUAAAGAGAUUGUUGAGGCCCACUCCGACUAUCCUCCAAACUGGGACAAGAACCUGGCUCUGGCUUGCGAGAGACUGCUCCGCUCCGGUCACAGGGGUUACAGUGCAGACAGCCUACUGACCUGCAGUGUCCAGCACUUCAGUCUUUACUUAGAGAAGGACCCCACUGAUCCCCAGGCACCCGCCAUCCGCUCAGCCAUUACUCACCUGCUCCAAGAGAGAGACAGAUUCCGACAGAGCCGGAGGCAAACCCCAUAAGAUCCAUGGAGCUGGAACAAUGGAAAUUAUGACUGAGCCAAUGUGCCUCUGUGUGUGGUUUUAAGGUGACGCUCUAUGUGGAUCAAGACUGGUGCACUGGUGUUAAGUUUGGCUAAAUGUACUGUGCCAAAUUGGACUUGUAUAUCAGAAUUUGAAAUUAAGGGAAAUGCUGGUGGAUAAGUUCUUGUUUGAAGUUACCAAACAGAGCUAACACUGUGCUAUGUCUCAUUUGAUGAAUGUUUACAGUUGACCAGCGGCAGGGCAUGACUUUAGGAAGCCCUGCCUGACCUCAAUCAAGCUCUGCACGCUUCUCUUAAAGUCACCCAUUCAAUUGCUUUAUCGUUACAUCUCGUUCUUUUUCCCCCCCCUUUUUUUUCCUAUUCUGCUCUCAGAGCUUUUAACGUGCUGAUUAUUCUGCCUCAGCCUCUGCUCUACUUCUUUUUCUCACAUUAGGAUGGCAAGACCGAGAUUGAGGGAAACCCAAUUUGGGGGCAGAAAUGGGGGAUUAGAGCGGCUGUUUAAUCUAGGACAGACUUGUGCUGUGCCACGCAGUCCUCACUCCACAUCAGUGGCAGCCCUACACACCCACCCACCCCUCUAUCCUUCCAUCAGUCUAUCUUAGAUGGUCCUUUAAAUGUUUAA